AUGGAAUUAUGGCAUUGUGAUGAUCCAGAGACAAGAACAAGGACCCAUACGAGAUUUGCAAGGUAAUUACGCAAUAUUUUCUGCGAUACGCAAUCACUCCGCGUCAGGCCAAACGGAAGCGGGAGAAACACGCAAUAAUUUUUCUGUGAUAGGCAGAAUGCCAUGACCCCGGCGCGUGGGGUCGAACGGAAGGAUGUUUGGCAAAUUACCGCGGGAUUGUUGAGGGGGUGCUUAUCCAAUCUUGGAUACAGUGUCGCCACGGUCAUUAGGGGAACAUUUGGCGCUCGUUUGAUAUCGUGAUUUAUAUGCGAGUGUUUAAGUUUCUUUUUUAGAAUGGUUGGCCAAGAUAUUGUUUUGGACGAGAGUUUUGUCAGCGUUCGAACGGAGGACACCGAAAGUGGUUCAGAUGAAGACGUGAGGGCUCCAGUUGAGAACAGAAGGAAGAAGAACCGAAAAUACGAAGGCGAAGAAACCUUUCGAAGUUUACAAGAACUGAGAAAAUGGACCAAGGAUAAUGGCUGGAACAGUAAGGGAAAGACAGUGAAAGAUGAUGGGACUGUCAUUCAUGCGUUUGUAUGCAAGUAUGGUCGCCGAACAGGAUCAGGAGAGAAGUGCGCAGCCAGAAUGAGAUGUGAGGAAGUCGCAGGCUUGUUCACGGUGAAGAUGGACAAAGAGCAUGGUGAACACCCAGAUGCCAAAAGGAGGCUUCCAGAAGGUCUGAAAGAAGAAAUCAAACGAUUGUUGGACGAACUGCCAUCAAUUACGGCGCAAGUCAUAUUGCGCAGUGUCCAGACACGAUUCCCAACAGUGACUCUGCGACAAAUUCAGGUUGGUCAAUAA